GGCACAGUCUUAUCUUCCCGUGCUCAUGCAUGUCUUCGAAGACUGGUCGCCUCACGCUCACGACGGCAAGGACAUCUUUGGCAAGGAUGCGUCCCCGUUGCCAUUCUAUUUGGUGCGGCGCAAUACUGCGUGGCUCAAGGGUGCGCAGAUGGUGACACUGGCACUCAGCCUUUGUGCUGCUGCUUCGGGCCUAUUUUGCUGGCAGAAGUUUGCCAACCUGCAGGUCAGCAGAAGCCUGCAUGAGGUGACUUUUGACGCGGCUCGGCUCAAGAACCUCAGCCACCUGGUGCUGGUUGCAGGCCAUGCCGUGCUGCUGGCAGAUUCCAUGGAGCACGUGCUGCAGCGGGAGUCGGACUGGUUUUUGGAACCCUACCAGAGGGGUCAAGACCUACCCAAGGCCUUGGUGAGCCACAUCAAGUCGGGGGUGGACUUGGCGGCCCUGGACCCGCGGGCGCUGCUGGUCUUCUCGGGCGGCCAAACCCGCGCGGCGGCCGGGCCCCGAGACGAAGGCUGGAGCUACUAUCGGGUCGCUGAGUACUUCUCCUGGUGGGGCCAUGCCACUGACGGUACUGCAUACUUGAAGGAGGCGCAGGGGCGGGGCGCAUACCUGGCAGUGGCACAGCGUACGGUGACGGAGGACUUCGCAUUGGACUCCUUCCAGAACCUCCUCUUUUCCUUGUGCCGAUUCAAGGAGGUGGUGGGGCAUUAUCCCGAGCGGGUGACGGUGGUGAGCUUCACUUUCAAGAAGCGGCGCUUUUCGGAGCUGCACCGGCGCGCUCUCAGCUUCCCGGCAUCCAGGUUCUUCUUCGUGGGCAUCCAGCCGCCCCCGAACUCGCGCUUCGACCUGCAGAAGGCGGAGCAAGGCGAGCUCCAGAAUUCGGUGCGCCUCUUCGAGGAGGAUCCCUAUGGCUGCAACUCCAAGGUGCUAGUGGAGAAGCGGCAGGCCCGCAAUCCGUUUCAGCGAACCACGCCCUAUUUGCUCUCCUGUCCCGAGAUCAGAAGCUUGUUGCAAUGGUGCGGGCCGGGGAUUUUCCCAGACGCCUUGCCGUGGAGCCCACGUUUCACCGGCGGCCUACCUGACUAGCGGCCAGCGGGGGCAGCUGCAUGGCGCAAACAGGCCAAAUGGGUGUUUGUCGUGAA